CAAAUUCCAUGCGGAAGUUGCCCGUGAGACGCGUCGAGAUUGAGAAAAGUAUCUCUUUCUCUAACCUACAAAUUUUUCCGAUAAAUCAACCAUUUUUGUCACGAAAGUAGUUUGUUCUUCGUCCGUCGUCGCGCGCGCGGGAGAUAUGACACUCCGGCUGAUUGAUCGAUGACGUUCUAAGUCAUUGUAUCUAUUGGUCUUAAUGGAGCUUGCAUAGUUUUAAGGUUACACAUGCGCGAAAUUCCCAAUAUAUACUUCAAAGAGAUACUUUUAAUGACGAAGCAGUUGCGGAGCAGCGAACGGGUGCACGUGUUCCGCGUACGUACGCGCACGUACGCGUCGGCCGGUGGUUAUUUUCGGCCACUUCGGUGAGUGUGUCAAAGGGCAAGGCUAGGCGGCGAGAGGACCGUUCUGGGAGCCUUGCCAGUUGGCUCUCGACUAUGCUACGCGACGGACAGCGCGGCAGCCGGUCCGACGUUUCCUAGAACCGCACGCUUUCGGAAAUUGCUCUCGCGUGGCGUGGGCACAUCGACGAUCCGCUGGAGUUACUUGCUGCAGUAGGACCAAACGUUACAUAUCAUCAGUCUUCUUUAUCGUGUUCCUCUUUCUCUUCUUCUAUACUCCUCUUAGAGUACGACAGGAGAGCACCAUGAGUAUCCCUGAGGGUGUCGCAAAGUGCGUGGCCAUACUGAAGGCGGUGGACACGGACUCGGAGAAGUUCGCCGUCCUGUUCAUGGUUACCAAGCUGGUGAAGGCAAAGGACUGCGAUUCCGCCGCCAAGAAGAUGCUCUUUGAAGCCAUCGGGGCCAAGUUCCUUAAGAAGUUGUUGUCCAGCACGAGCGUCCCCGUGGACUGUCCACCGCAGGUGUACCAAUCGGUGGCGUUGUCCAUACUCUCCGCAUUCUGCAGAGACCCCGAAUUGGCUUCUCAUCCCGACAUGGUUGGACACAUCCCGCCACUCCUAGAGAUAGUAUCCCAGGCUGAUGAGGAUGCGCCGGACGACAUGCUGAUCAUCGUCAGCGAGGCUUACACCUGCUUGCAGUGUAUCGCGCAACAGCCUCCUGGGCAGAAGGCUUUGCUCGAGCAGAAAGCGGUUCCGAAGAUGUGUGACAUAUACGCGGAAAAGUCCUUCCAGACGGACGAGGCUCUGAAUAUUCUAGUCACGUUGGUCAACACGUUUGGACCGGAAGCUUGGAAUCCAACGGACACUGCUCCUUUCCAUGCCAUAAUCAACAAGAUAGCCUUGGACUUCGAGACUGAUCACACGGAGAGAAAAUUCGAAUUGUGCACUAUUCUACAGGCUCUCUUGCAAUCCUGCAGGAAGGAAGUGAUAUCCACGAACGCAAAGGAGGAAUCUUGGCCAUUGAGCAUUCACAAGGGCCUAAACGAUAUUCUGAGAUCAAAGAUAAGCAAGAAGCAACGGGACCCAGCCUUGAAACUCUCGUCUGUGAUGAUUGAUUUGUUGGGCGCGGAAUGGGCCAUGUCCGACAAGGAAAAUCCAAAAAUAUUCUUUCUUCUGCUCAUUCAAUUGGCGUCGAUCGAAGUCAGGAUGCAGUUGGAGGACAAACAGCUUAAGACUGUGCUCGAGAAUGCUGACUUGGUUACUGCUUGCUUCAUUAUUCUCGAGAUCUCGAUCAGCUACAUCGUUACGGAUCAGCUGGAUUUAGAGCAAAAGGAAAAGCAGUCGCUUUACACGGCUCUGAAGGGCGCCUUCGCGGCCGUUAUCGGUCUGCUUAGCUCCGUAUCGAAGAUGAAAACGUUGACGAACGUGAAAGAGAAGUUGUUUAUUUGCUCCGUCGUCAGGGUGCUCACAGCUUGGAUGGCGCAAGAAACGAGCGCGAUGCGUCCUCAACUUUAUGCCGUGUUGCCAUACGUGCUGACGGUGGCUAACGACACUUUUUAUGCUCAUCGGAACAGGAAGCUAGCCGAGAAAGCGAGAUGCAGAACUAAAGCGGACGAAGGGACAUCAUCCGGAGAACCGAUCGUUAACGAUCCGUUGAGCGAGAACGACUUAUUGAGAUUACUAUUGCCCGCUCUGUGCUACUUGGCUGUGGAAGAGGCCGCCAGAAAGAUUCUCCUUCAGCAUAAGCAGGACGAGAUCCUGUUCGAGUGUCUGUCCUAUCAUUGGACCAUCGUGCACUACAAGAAGCCACCGGUGCCGAGAUCGGAGCGUCUGAAACUUCUGCAAGACGGUAACCGCACGGAAGAGCUAGAUCUGCAUAUUCUCGAGGAAAUGAAGGAUUCUAGAACCGCGAUGGUGUCCAUCUGUAACGUCCUGAUGAACAUCACCGUACUGGAGGCGAAACUGGUGGAGGAGUCGCCGACGUUCAUUUCGCUGCUCAAGUUCAUCUACAAUAAUCUGCCAGAGCUGAAGCAAAUUCCAGAGAACCUGGUGCUUCAUGGUCAUCUAGCGGUCCUAGGUCUGCUGUUGAUGAAGCAACAGGCAAAACGCAUCAAGAAGAACGACUUCUCGAUAUGUCGUUAUAUUCAGGCCACCAUAAGAUUUCUGUGGGACGCGUACAUCAUCGACGAGGGCAACGAUCCCACCGAGCUUGUAGUCGCCAUGUCUUACAAGGAACACUGGAUGGAGCUGAUGGAACUCUGGUUUCUGGGAAUGCAGACGAUGGCCGGCGUGCUGCAAGUGAUACCCUGGUUAUCGCAGUUUACGAUAGAGUCCGGCUGGGCGGAGGAGAUCAUCGAGACGCUGAAAAAAGUGAAGAUCGGCGGUCUGCAGCCGAACGUCAAAUCCGCUUUCGAAGAUCUGCUGUGCCACUUGGUGAAAGCUGACGAAAGCGUCGCGUCGGUGUUGAAAAAAUGCGGCGCGUUGACCGUUUGUCGAAAUCAUCGUAUGAUGGAGCUUGGAAAGCGUCUCUUUGGGGAUUAAGAAGCGCGCUAACAACGUUACUGUAUAGCUUUCCAUUUUUUAUAUUGCGCGAGCGAUGUAAAGAAAUUACGUGGAAUUGUAGAAGUAGCGAGGAUUAAUUAAUUCUAUUUAAUUCGACCGAAGCGAACGAUUAGUCAAUCGAACUUACUUUUGUAUAAAGAGCAGCUUGGCAAGAUAUUCCCUUAUUUUGCGACUCGAAUUUAUUAUUUUACCCGCCUCCUGCAUACGAUAUUCGAAAUGCGUAUGUGCGCGUAGUCCAGUGUAUAUUUAGACAGCAUCACGUCUGGAAAUAGUUUCCUGGCAAGCAAGAAAGCUAAGAAACGUAUCGCUCUCGAUGAAACUCUCUUCGUAAAUUACGCGUAUACAGCGAUACACUACUUAUUCUUAUACGAGACUUUAAUAUGUACAUUUCGUUUCUGUACGAGUUAUUAUCAAGCGUGUUUUUUGCUUUGUUACAUUGCGCAAGCGGAGAUUGUUGUAUUGUAUUGUAUUGAUGUUUUCGUAAAUUUAAAAUACUUUAAUGAAGAUUUUGUAAUAACAGAAAUACUUUCUUAUUAAACGGAAGAAUUUUGUAA